UGGCCAGUCAGCCGGUACCGCGACACGACUACUGAAUAGUGAAACAGAUCCCUCCCACAGUCUCACAACAACAACAACAACAACGGGACAACACUUAUGACAAAAAUAUGAAUAAUAUGAUUCAGAAUUAAAUAUUAUCAUGUCGGACUCUAGGUCUGUGAUAUCAUUACGUUCCGGGAACGUCGCUGUCGAUUUUCGGACGCUCUGGGCGUGUGCCGUUGUAUAGUCCACGGCCGAACACAACGCAUAAAUUUCAUUUCACGACUGUAAACAAAAGAAACGAUAAUAGGUAUAAAUAUUUUUUCUUGCAACAAGUCUCUCACCUUGUUCCAUUGAUUUUGGUAUGCGAUACGGCAGUGACCGUUACUUGUCUACUGUGAAUCGAACAUCCGCAUUAUAAACAUGCCCGUGGCAAUGAACCGGAGACGCGUGAACAAUUUCACAUACGUUAGCCCUUGCGUCAAGUACAUGAUAUUUUUGCUGAACUUUUUGUUUUGGUUGUUUGGUGGUUUGUUGGUGGCAGCCGGUACAUUUGCAUUUUACGAAAAAUGGAAUACUAUGGGGUCUAUCAAGCUGAACACCUUCUCAGACGUUAUACUCAAUAUCUCGCUAGUUCUGAUCAUAGCCGGACAAAUUAUAUUCAUUGUUAGCUUUGCCGGAUGUAUUGGUGCUCUACGUGAAAAUACAACACUUCUUAAAUUUUACUCAUUGUGUCUUUUAAUAUUCUUUCUACUUGAAAUGGGAAUUGCAAUUAUCGGGUUUGUUUUUCCUCAUAACAUGCAAGCUACUUUGGAAGAAUCAUUCACUGAUAAAAUUAUUCACACUUAUCGUGAUGAUCCAGAUUUACAAAACCUCAUAGAUUUUGCUCAGAAAGAAUUUCAAUGUUGUGGUCUUAGUUCAGAAGGAUAUAUUGAUUGGUCCAAAAAUGAAUAUUUUAACUGCACAUCACCCAGCGUUGAGAAGUGUGGUGUGCCUUAUUCGUGUUGUAUCAAUGCAACAGAUAUUUCAAAAGGACUUGUAAAUGUCAUGUGUGGUUACGGCGCUCAAGAUAGUUCUGUUGCUGAAGCUAGUAAAAGAGUUUGGACUAGUGGAUGUAUUGAAGUUAUCCGUAUAUGGGCUGAAAGAAAUUUAUAUACAAUCGCAGGAGUAGCAUUAGGUGUUGCUCUAUCUCAGCUACUUAUUAUCAAUUUAGCCAAAACAUUAGAAGGACAAAUUGACUUACAAAAAUCCAGAUGGGCUUCUUGAAAAAUAAUUAAGGUAUGAGAAACAAGAUAAAGUUUCCAUAAUACUAUUAUAAUAUGAUAUUAAAAUAAGGUACUAAAUAUUGUAUUUAGUUACUACAACACUUUUUUAAAUCUAAAUUAUUACAUAAGUGGUGUUUUUAUAAAAAAAAAAAACUAUAUUUUAAUUAUUUCAAAUUUUUAUUUUAUUUUAUCAAUUUUUAAUUAAUACUAUUUAACUAUUUUUAUGUGUUUUUAUAAUUUAUAUGAUCAUAAUUUUUAAUUGUCUGACAAUUUUUUUUUGUAUCGCUAAAUAUAUUUAAAUUUUUUAACUUAGUCAAUUCAAAUUUAAUGUUGUAAAUAAAUAAAAAUACAUCAAUGAAUUUUGAAAUCGCCCUGUGAUAAUGGGUUCAUUUAUCUAAUAUAUUAUGUAAUAAAAAAUUAUUUAAUAUUUUGUCCUUUAGCCUGCACUAAAAUGUCCAUUAUUUUAUAAUGAUUUUAUUGAUAACAUUUAUCAAUAUAAAAUAAAUAUAUAUAUUGUGUAUUAUUGUAUUUAUGAUGUUAAUUGUAAUCUCUAACAUCAAAUUUAGUAUUUUAUAAUUUAUUUUUUGCUCAUUCAUUAUUAGUUUGGUUCAUAAAUAUUAUGUAAUUCCUAUAUUAUAUUGUAAUUUAAAUUCAUUCAUAAUUCACUACUUAUUCAAUAUUUAUUUUACCAUCAUUAAUUAAAACAAAUGUAAAAUUAUAAUUAUAUACAUUGUACAGGAUGUUUAAAACCUCGCGUUACUAAAAUAGUGGAAGCUUUGUAAUAAUCAUAUUAUGAAAAUAUAUCUACUAUUUUUGUAAAGUAGAUUUUAAAUCUCCUGUAUAUUUUAUACCGAUAUCUAACAUUAUUAUUAUUUUUUUUUUUAAUGUUGACAACGUGAUAAUUUAUUAUAUUUUGUUUAUUAUUUUAUGGAAUUAUAUUUUAUAUAUAUUUAGAAAUACUUAAAGGAGCACACAACACAUAAAUACGUUCAAAAUUGUAUUGUAUGUUGCUAUUUAGUCUGUACUAUUAGAAACAAAUUGGGGAAAAUCCAUUGCAAAAAAAAUUAUUAUUUCCCGAAAUAUUAGAUAUUUAGAAUAUCUCCAUGACAUAAUUUGGCUGAGUCUUAAAUCUUAUUAGGAUUUUAAAUAUUUUUAAUCUUUAAUUUUUUUAAUCAAACAAUAGAUUGAAAUAAGCAUAACUUGUUGAUUUAUGUGAAUCCUACACAAUUUUUCUUAGUAUUAAGUACACUUUCAAAAUAAAACUACUUAUAUUUUUGUGUUAAGUGCUUCUUUAAAUGUUAGCUUAAAAAAUAUGAUCUGAUGUAUUUUUAUAUGAUAAUGUAAGUAUUUAUAGUGCAUACGUGUGUAUUAUAGUAAUGUUAAUAAUGCUAAUUAAGUGUGAUACAUUUUUAUUACUUUUUUUUACUGUUUAGAUUACCAAAGAUAAUAUAUAAACUAUUAAAAAUAUAUUUUUAACACUA